AGUCAGCCUCGGUGUGUGGUCAGCCCAGUCGGCCUUUAUGCUUUGCACCUCAUUUACCGAACACUCUUUGGUCUCUAUUCGUAUUCACAUAGUUUGGAACGCUUUUAAAUUCUGCUUUUGUUUUCUUAGUUAUUUUUCGUGAUAUCAUCUUGAAGCAAUGUAAAAUAGUUCUCCAUGUAAUAAAUAUAUCUGACAAACUGUUGAGAUGCCAAUACUGUUGGCAUAUUGUGUCCGAAAAAAUAUUAAAUAUUUUAGAAAUCAAUUUUUGUAAUUGUUGUGUUUAUUUUUUUGAAAGAUACUAAGAAGUGAGGAAUAAAUAAAACAAAAUAUUGACAUUUCGAGCGCUUUGGAGAAAUUGGAGGAGGAAAACCCGAAAUUGAAACAGGGACAAAUGGAUUACUUGUUGUAAGAUUGGUGACGAAGCUACUAUCAAAAUUGAGAGCAACCAAAUAAGAAGACAGCAGCAACAAAAAUUCCUUUACACAGCAUAUUUUCUACAACCGCAUUCUAUAUGUAAAAAAUGAAAAAGUUCACAUUCAGAGGUGUUCUUGAUGGAUUUCGAAAUACGGUUCAGCCACAAACAGCACGACAAGAGCAGGAGAUUCAUGAAACACUACGACCAGAACAUUUUGCGGUUAAGAAGACCUUUCGUCAUGGAUUUCCUUAUUCCCCAUCGGCAUUCGCAUUUGAUCCUGUACAACGGCUGUUAGUCAUUGGCGACAAAUCGGGCAGUCUAAGAUUAUUGGGACGUCCUGGCGUGGAUACCCAUGUUAGUCAUGAAGGCGAAUCUGCUUGCGCCGUCAUUUUAUCCGAAUUUAUUGUCAACGAUGGCAAACUGGUAACUGUGACCGCUGACGAUACAAUACAUUUGUGGAAUAUACGCCAAAAAGUACCUCAAGUCAUACAAAGUUUAAAAUUCCAACGAGAAAGAGUAACAUGCAUUCACUUAGCAGUGGCAAGCAAAUGGUUGUAUGUCGGCACAGAAAAAGGCAACAUUCAUGUGGUCAAUAUAGACACAUUUGCCCUUAGCGGUUAUGUUAUUAAUUGGAACAAAGCAAUUGAAUUGGGUAGAGCUACUCAUCCUGGUGCUGUGAUUGCAUUAUGUGAUAAUCCAAUAGAUGCAAAUAAGUUAUUACUUGCAUACGAAUGCGGUUUGCUGGUCCUGUGGGAUUUGAAGGGCAAAUGUGCCGAAAUACGAUGGGUUUCUUCGGAUCCAGUCAAGUCAAUAGCAUGGCAUUAUGAAGGAAAAUACUUUGUAUCCUCGCAUAAAGAUGGUUCCAUAUGUUCAUGGCCCAUGAGGCCGACACCAAAACCUCAGUCUUUAGUAUAUCCUCAUGCCAAAACAUCCAGAGAGGGUACAAUAGAAAAAUGCAAUCCCAUUUUCAAAGUUGAUUUGAAAGCCUCUCAAUCUGGAGAAACCUUUACGAUUUUUUCGGGUGGCAUGCCAACGGAGAAGGGAGCAAAAUCGAACUGUAUCACUGUUAUGGUGGGGAAAACCACCACCGUUUUAGAAAUGGAACAUGCUGUUGUUGAUUUUAUAACUCUUUGUGAAAACCCUUGGACGAGUGAAACACAAGAACCAUAUGCGAUAGCAGUACUCCUGCAGUAUGAUUUAGUAUUAAUAGACUUACUUACACCCGGUUUUCCAUGUUUCGAAUCGCCUUAUCCCAUGGACUUACACGAAUCACCUGUUACAUAUUGCACUUACUUAACUGAUUGCCCCUCGGAUUUGGUUCCUGCUUUUUACUCUGUUGGCCGUACUACGACAUCCAAAAAAACUGGUUUCUCCGAAAGGGAAUGGCCUGUAUCAGGUGGAGAAUGGUCGCCAGCGUCUUGUAGUUAUGCCGAAAUAGUCAUAACAGGUCAUCAAGAUGGCACCUUAAAAUUUUGGGAUUCUGGUGCGGGCUCAUUACAGAUUUUGUAUAAAUUAAAAACGGCAAAAAUAUUUGAAAAAUCCAAAUCCAUACAAACGGACAGCAGUACAGAACAUCCCCUGGCCAUUCAAUUGAUUCACCUUUGUUCAGUGUCAAGACGUUUGUGCGUUGCCGGUGCUAUGGGCCAAGUAAUUUUAUUUAAAUUUCGCAAAGUUGAAACGACUUCAGAAGUGCUGGUUCUGGAGAUUCCAAUACUCUUUGAGAACUUUGACGAUAUUUAUGGUACUAGUCCUGAAUGUGAUUUUAUACCACAUCAAGUUCAAAAAACCGAAUCUAGUGAAUCCGAUAAGACGGAUAGCUUAUUACGUGUAAAAUCAGGAGCACAAAGGAAACCUCCUGGGUUUCAGUCACAAUUAGUCUGUUUGACAACCGGUCCAAAUAAAAGAACUGUUCAAGUGACUUCAUUAUGCAUCAGUUCCGCAUACGGAUUAAUGGCUUACGGCACAGAAUACGGACUUGUAAUAAUAGAUAUUAUACAGAAAGUCUGUUUACUGAGCAUUGCUUGUCCUGACCUAUAUGGUGCUCAUGAUCCCUAUUCCCGUACACCAAAAAGUCCCAAACGCAUUGAAACAAAAGACGAUCAAAGUCGUUCGCCUAGCUCCGAUCAGCUUCACGACACCACUAGCCCUGACAGCCCAUCUAUCGAGUAUAUAGCCGAGGCAAACGAAUCGAAUGCCGAACAAUCGAAUCCAUCAUCUCGGCCCGCUUCACCGGAGGAGGAAAGAGGUGCAGUUGGUGGUGGAAGUGGUGGCGGCUUCAUGUUUGCAAAAAGUCCGAUUCGGGACGAAACGUCAAUUCCACCCAAGGACCUUCCCGACAGGCGAAAGUCGAUGUCUUGGAAGACCUUCAAUUUGAAACGUCAAUUAUCCAAAGUCAAUAUGAAAAUUGGUCUAAACAUGAGCAAUGAGAGUGAAACGGUCCCAAAGAGCUCCUCUGUCUUCUACACCCAAACGGAAUGCUCGGCAGAAAAUAGCGACGAAUCUCCACCCAAAGACCCGAUUGCAGUGGGUGUCGAGUGCAGAGAAAGCAUGACAGAGAGUAGCAUGGCCGAAGUGACCGAUACUGCCGCAGAGAGUGUGAAUGUUGGCGAGCUCGAACGAGCCCACAGUAGCGAUACACCACCGCCGCCAUCUUUGCCUAGCAAGCGUGUAGAUUUUGCCAAUGAUGCUGAUGCUGGUCAGCAGAAUACAAGGCCCAAUAAUCUGCCAAUUACGACUAGCGGUGGCGGCGAGUCAGCAAAUAUAGCGCCACCGACUCGACCACCGCGCCAGAAACUCAAAGAGAAACGGGAUCAGCGUUUGCUCUCAGUUCCAAAUAUUAAAUAUCAGGUGCGCGAAGCUCGCCUACGUACAAAUCGUAACGAUUCAUCGCCGUCGCUUGGUAGUGGUGGUGGCGCUAGUGGUAGUGGAACCGCCGUUACCAAGAAAACCCAAAAAGUGGACGGAUCGUUCUCAAGAUCCAGAUCUUCGUCGAUGUCGAGCAUAGACAUGUCUUCCGCAGAAUCAGUCACCUGUUUGGCAUUCAUUGAGAGUUACAACAAGAGGAAUGACAUGCUAUCGGUAGUGCCAACUUUGUGGGUUGGCACUAGUUUUGGUUCCAUACUAACGCUGGUCGUUUCCAUGCCAGAACGCGAAGUAAGAAAAUCUCAGCCAGUUUUGGUCACAAUUAACGGCGGUCCAGUUUUACGCCUUAAAGGUGCAAUAACAUCAAUGUCAUUUUUGGAUGCUUUUGGCUCAAUAAUACCAUUCUCUUCUGAACCGUGGCGGGAUGACAGUAGGGAUGCCAAAAAGGAACGAACGCCAACAAAAAGUAGCAGUCGGACAAGUCCAACAUUUACACCUACAACUGCCAAUACAAUAUCAAAUACAUCUGGUGGUAAUGUGAGUUCCAGUGCCAGUAGCAGUGGUAUUAGUGGAAGCGUUAGCACCGGCCUAGAUACCAUAGCUGAUAGACAAUAUAUCGUAAUUGCAAGCGAGAAACAAACCAAAGUCUUCGAUAUUGCAAAUCAAUGUUGUGUUAAUCGCAUACAAUUUUCGGAAAUGGAUUUUGCGGUUAAAGCAAAAACUAUCACAAUGAAAGAUGGAACUUGCCUAGCAACCUAUCUUUCAAAUGGCCAUCUAAUGGUUCAUAGUCUUCCUAGUCUAAAGUUGUUAAUGGAUACCGAGUUCUUACCACUUAUGGACUUAAGUUUUCAAACCAAAUGCAAACAGGGAAUUGUGGAUCCAAUGCUUUCCAUAUGGGGUCAACAAAUCAUUGUUCACGAAGAUAUAACACAAAUAUCAAAAAUAUUUUGCUUCAGCAAUAAAGGUCAUGGUCUGUACAUGGCAUCACCCACCGAAAUACAAAAGUUUACAAUAUCGUCAGAGUUUUGUCAAUUUAUUUUAGAUAUGAUGGGAUCAUUGUACACGGUUCAAGAGAUGCCAGAGCAACCAAAAGAAAGUUUCUUUAAAGGAUUGUUUGGAGGCGGCGCUAAGAGUUUGGACAGAGAAGAAUUAUUUGGAGAACAAAGUGGGAAGGCGAAUCGUUCUAUUGCUAAACACAUUCCGGGCCCAACACUCGAACAAUUAAAUCAGAGAGCUUCGACAGCUGCAUCUGAAAUCAGUCGCGCCCAUUUAUUGGCAAUGGAACGCGGCGAAAAACUUAAUAUGCUAGAAGAGCGUGCCGAACGCAUGGCCAAUCAAGCUCAAGAUUUCAGCGGCACAGCGCAUUCAUUAAUGCUUAAAUACAAGGAUAAAAAGUGGUAUCAGUUGUAAAAUAUCUAUUACAGGAGCCAAUUCUACCACAGUUAUUGUAAUAUUGCUUUUGUAACAACAACAACAACAACAAACACUUUCUACUACAUUAAAGUACACUUAUUUAAUUUCUGUUUUCAAAUCGUCAUGUUAUUUAUAUAUUAAAAAGUAAAAUAUAUUAAACUACAAGAAAAAUGUUUUUAAUAAAAUAUAGACCAAUAAAACGUGUUACAGAUUUACAA